CUUCCUCCGUCGCUGACUGGCUGGCGCGGCGCGCCAUCCUGUCCGCCCGAUCCACCCAGCAGGUUCGGUUGAAGUGCGGCGCAUGCGUACUAACGGGGGGUUUCGCCGCCCGUCCGGGAUCGGCCGACGGGCUGUCAACGGCGGCUUGGCCGGGAGAGGUACUGCGCAUGCGCUCCUCCUUCCCCCCGACCCAUUGACGUCACUUCAUGGAUACCAUUCAACAAGAGCUGCAACCAAGGAGGUGCUGGGUGUGGAUCAGGCUAGAGUGUUGGAAGGAGUUGGCACUCACCAGCCCAUCUGACAUUAACUCUUGUAAUGGCAGGAAUUAUAUUUUGUGAUGCAACAGAGCUCUACAAUAUGCUGAAUCAAAGCACAAAGUAUUCCAGGCUGACAGAACCUAUUUAUCUCUAUUUAGUCGAUGUACGGACCAAAUAUCAAUAUGAUGAAAGUCAUGUGAUAACAGCCAAGAGAGCAAAAAGGGACAUGGAUGGAAAUUAUCUGAUGCCAGAAGACGUAGAGCUUGAGUGUGUAAAGUAUUGUGUGGUUUAUGAUGGGCACACAACCUCAUCGAACACAGACGGUCCUGCAAUCCAAUAUGCAAAGCUUCUGGAAGAAGUCAGCCGACAACCAAUUAGAGUCCUGAAUGGUGGAUAUGAACUUUUCUCUGCUUGCUAUCCAUUCUUCAGGACACAGAAAAUAUUUUACAUGCCACAGGAGCUGGAUGCCUUUGAGCCCUAUCCAAUAGAAAUUUUGCCAGCCAAACUUUAUAUGAGUGACUACAAACAAUCCUGUGACCCACAAGUUCGGAAAGAUCUGAAGAUCAAGGCAUAUGUCAACCUCUGCCACGAUAAAGAGAUAGUCUUGGAAGAAGAUCAAAAUAUUACGGUCUUACACAUUUCUUCGUCAGAUACCACUGAUUUCUUCGUCCAUUUUCCAUUGAUCUGUAACUUUCUUGAUGACCACCUGGAUAAAGGUGUUGUGUGCGUAGUCUCCACCCUGGGUAUAAGCCGCUGUUGUACUGCAGUGAUGGUCUACCUCAUUCAUUCUCAGAAACUUCCACUAAAGGAUGUCUGGGCACAUGUACAGAAGUGUAAAGCAACCAUUCGCCCACAUCGUGAUUUUGUACAUCAGCUUUCUAAGUGGGAGGAAGUUGUCCUAAAGAAAAAGAUCACAGAUGUCUCUGACCCUUAUUACUGA